GUACCUCGAGUCGCCUCGGUCUGGCAAUCCGUCAUUCCCAAAGCCUUCAGAAAACCUGAUGACCCCGUCUCUGUCGCCGAGCGCGAGAAGGCUCGAGCCAUGAAGUCCAAGGACUGGAACCCUGCCACUUUCUUCAUCGUCAUCGCUCUCCUGAUUGGCUCGAACGCAAUCCAGAUGAUUGCUCUGAGAAAUGAACGCCAGGGUUUCACACGCAAGACUGAAGCAAAAAUUGCUCUUCUCCGAGAGACGAUUGAGCGCGUACACCGUGGGGAAGAUGUAGACGUGGAACGCGUUCUGGGCACCGGUGUUCCCGAGAAAGAGCAAGAAUGGGAAGAGGUCAUGCAAGAGCUCGAGUCGGACAACACGCUGUGGAAGAAGAAG